AAUUUGCAUAUAUAAUACGCCAGUGGUACUGUAAAGAUCAGUUCGCCUCAACACCGGUUUACAUCAACACCGACCAGACUCGGAUAUCCUAGAGCGGUGUUGAUGUUGAAACCGUUCGCCGCUAACAACACACGAUCUGCGUUUCGUGGGUGACAGCUGAGCUGAAGAUGAGUUACUAGUGUUAUUUGAAGAUCAGUGCAACAUUUUCUACCUUUCAUCAUGGAUACUUGGAAGUGUUUAUAAAUAACAUUCAAUUUGGCAUUGACUAGGCAAUAAUUGAACCUAAGUAAGACUGAAGCAGUGAAGUUAAAGUGAUCUGCUUUAAAAAGUGGUGCAGGAUUCAAUAUUUCAUGGAUGUUAAAAUAUCUUUUGUGAGAUAGUGACAUUAAACUUGGUGGGACCUAGCUGACAUUGUGUUUGGACAGCAUGGUUCUAUCACUGGGUUAUGCUGGAUUGUACCUGGUCCAGUGGCUGGUACAGUGGACUAGAAAAACCAUGUUCAGACAAGCCAUCUCCAAGGUCGUAGGGUCACGAGGGUUAAGUCUCCUGGUUCAGAGGUCACCACAAGGAUUUAGUGACCUAAUGAAGUCACUGGAUAUUGACAUUGCAGCACAGGAAACCAGAUGCCUACUGAACCCAAACAGGAAGGCUGUGCUUACAACCUUAAUGCCACAGUUGGAGGUGAACCUUGCGGACUGGACAUCGUAUUAUGCCAUGAAACAGCAUUACCAUACAGAAGGUGGGGAGGAGAACAUCAUUGUCUUACUGGAGGCUGUCAGACCUACAGAUCGUAUGCAGUUCCUCCAGCGAGAAUUCUCUGUUCCAGAACCUCAGAAAAUCCAUGUGGCCAGUCAUGGUACUGCCUUGGCCUGGAGGACGGGGCCUCCUUUUGGCAUCCUGAUGCGGUGUUCCCUGGAGGAGCUAGUCACCCUCUGCUUUGCCUUCUGUGAGGGAGCUUUGACACUAGAUGAGGAACUACUCGUUCAGAGAAUCGUCAGUGCGAAGACAUGUGGAUCUGCUACAGACCUUGUUCCACAGAUUGAGGAGUGCCAAGCUGGAGAGGACAUCACCACAGAGGAGAUUGACUUUCGCAGAGAAUUUAAUGCCAACGACAUCCAGUCAGUCCUAUUAAAGGCUCAACGGGACCGCCUAGGAGAAACUGUUUCCUGUGACUGGUCGAACGAGUCAUUGGCUUCAAGAACCAGCAUCUGUAGCUCCAACCUGUUGGAUUCCACUACUCCAACACCGUACAGCGAGAGUGUUGCAGAGGACGAGGCAGAGAGUGGCUGUGGUGAAGAGCCCUGUGAGUUUGACUCUCAGUUCCUAGAUUCAGUAGAACGUGUGAAAAUGAUGCAAGGAAAUAUGAAACCCCCAAACAUUCUAGUAUAUUGUGGAAAAAAAGACACAGAAAAAAGAUUUGCAGGCAUGAGAGCUACACUGGAGCAGUGCAUCAAUCUAGAACGUUACGUUAUUUAUGCCUUAAACCAUGAUCAAGUGAAGAGGGAUCCAUGGGCAGAUAACUCUGCUCUUCUGGUUGUGUCAUGCGACAGUCUCCAUGAUGGGGUAGGAGAUGCCUUUCUCCGAUACUUUGAGAGCGGAGGAAUCAUUCUUAGUUUCGGUAGCCCAUUCGAUGCAAUGUUUGUGGCCAGACCUGAGAUCCAGCAACAGGUUCAAGUGGGAAUUUCCAAAGUUGAUUUCCGCACGUGGAAGGGAGUGUCGGUACUGAGCGGGAGUCACUGGUAUGAUUCCAAAGCAGUCACAGGGGAAAAGGUCACGUUAACUGUACUGGGAACAAAUCACAAUGGUCAACCAGUAAUUUUAGAUGUAAAGUCACAGGGUUCGGAGGCAGGGCAUGCCAUUAUGUCCCAGGUCUUACUCAACAAAGACCCAACUGAGCAUGCCUGUUCAGAUGAGAUGUUUGCCGUGCUAAAACAAUCCAAUCAAGACCGAUGUGACAUGCUAAAAGAACUAUUACAGGACCUGGAUGUGGAUACAGAUAACAGCUCUAUACCAGUGUUUACACCAUGCUACCUCCUGUCUACCGCAGAGAGUAUAAAAUCCAAGCUUCUUGAGAGUCUUAAAACGAAGCUGACUCCGGACGGUAAACUAGUGUCCAAUACUGUCACCCUGCAGUUUGUAUCGGAAUACUCUCCGAGACAAGGACCAGUCACUGACAGCCUGUUGCCCGUGGUAACAGGGCAGUCCACUGGUCAGGGAGUUCUACAAUUCUUCAAUGAAGAGGUUUACUUCAAAAACCUUACCUCUACCACAUUGGGGAACACACUGAUGGUGAUUGACGUGUUACCUACCACCAUGCCUUUGUUUGACAAAUUACAGCUCCAUGUCCCCAGUGGUGUUGGAGUGAUUGCCAUCCCCGGCAAACAGACACGUGGCAGAGGCCGUGGUGGCAAUGCUUGGCUGAGUCCGGUGGGCUGUGCCAUGUUUUCUCUCCUUGUUAAUGUCCCUAUGGACAGUCCCCUAGGCCGACAUGCAUCCUACCUCCAGCACAUCACCUCAGUGGCAGUAGUUGAGAGUGUGCGCUCACUUCCUGGGUACCAGGACAUCGACUUGAGACUGAAGUGGCCCAACGACAUUUACUUCAGUAACAAGAUGAAGCUUGGAGGAGUUGUCAUCAAGUCAACAAUCAUCGAUGGCAUGUUUGUAGCCAACAUCGGUUGUGGGUUUAACGUCAGCAACAAGAACCCAACAAUUUGUAUCAACGACUUGAUCGAGCGCCACAACAGUGAGAGUGGUGACACACUAGGUCUGUGUAGUAAGGAACAGCUGGUGGGCCGUACAGUGUCCAUUAUAGAACAGCUAAUCAACCAGUUCCAGACCGACGAUGGAGUCAAGUUCCUCCAACUGUACAACCAACGCUGGCUACACAGUGGCAGUCGUGUACGUCUGGAAAAGGAGAAUGUGGAUGUCACAAUACAGGGCCUUGAUGAGUACGGCUAUCUGGAUGUGGUGGCAGAUGACGGCACGAGACACUCUGUACAACCAGACGGUAACAGCUUUGACAUGAUGAGGAAUCUGAUCUCCAUGAAGACCAGCUAGAGAGUACCACUGAUGGGCUGUUACAUUUCCAUGGCAACAACAGAAUCCUACAUUUUCAUACAGAGUUGUGAAUACUGAUUAAUAACGAAAAUGGUGAAAGACUUGAGAGGGCAAUUAAAAUAUGUGCUUUUAGUAUAAAGUUCUGUGAAUGAGGAGAGUGUUUGAUAGAGAUAUUACAAAAUAGUACAGAGAAAACAGAGUUUUAUUAGACUCGUGAAACAAGCAAUAGACCUGUUUACUUAAGCUUGCCACAAAGUAUAUAGCAAAACAUAUCUUGACCAUUGUUCUAUUGUAAAAUACACUGCCUCCCCAAGAUGUUUACCAAAUUUGAAGUUCAAGUGUGUGAUAGUGUCAAAAAUAUGCUCUAGUAAUGUACAAGAUGUGAAUACAAUUUGGAAGUAUACAUCAACAUGUAUAAAGCAUUUGUUUAUCAGAAUACAUCACAUCAUUUUCUGUGUGUAAUACAUUUUACAAAACUACAGAUUAAUAAUUGUUUGUCUUCACCUGGGGACACAGAAAUAAUUGUUGGACAUCAGAAAGGGUUAGAAAGCUAGCCCCAAGUUCUCAAUUAACUAUAUAGCUUUUUCUUUAAGUUUUCUCUACCUUUGAUUUGCUUUAUGGCUGUCAAUGGUAUAUUCGUUAUUUGUUUACUGAAGAAAAAUCAUGAUUUUAAAACUUUUUGCUCAUGUUGAAGUUUUAAGAACAACUAAAUUGAAAUUUUGAAAUGUUCCAAGAAAUUAUGAGAAUACAAUUUAAAUUAUUUCGGAAAAGGCAAAUAUGAGAUGAUUCACCACAAAUUGAUUGUUACAUCAAUUAAUCCGUCAUCUUGUUUGGGUAUGACAUGCACAUUUUGUUGUAUAUUUACCUGGGAACAUUCAAACCUCAUAUAUUACAACAAUGAAGGUAUAAAACUUGGAUUUGGUAUUGACACUUAUAAUUCAUCAACUGAAAACUGGCCCCACUUUAAGGAAUGUUUACCUUAAGGAAUUCCUCAAGCUUUUUCAUUUGAAAGCAUUGCUAAAGUUAACAAAAAUAUUAGGAAAAUGCAAUGUCUUCCAAUGGAAAAGUUUAAGUUAUUAGAAUUUAAGGAACGGUAUAAUUGGUGAAAUUGGAGCAUGGUUAAGAAAGUACCUACAAAUGCCACCUGCUAUACUGUAUCAUGCCUCUUGCUAAACCUACUUUGUUUUCCAUUCAUUGAUAUAUACAUAAGUUUGUAAAUGUUACUGUUUAUAAGGAAUGCUUACUCCAGUUACACUUGGUUUAAUAUUCACAAUAAACAAUAAGUGUAUGUUUAUAUCAUGCUAUAAUUAUAAUUUUGCUUUCUUUAACAAAUUGAUUUUCAUAAAAUGAAAAUUUCUUGCAAAGCUUGUUAUGGAAAUACAAAAUUACUGUUGUCAGGAUUUAAGAUGUUGACUAUAUGACUGUACUAUACUCUUAUUAAAGUGCUAAUUUAUCUUGGUUGUAGUCCUUUGUAUAAAUGCUGAUAUAUGUAAAUUGGGACUAUUUAAUGCUUAUAAUAUUCAUACACAUUACAAAACUGUGUAUUGGCAUCAGUGCUAUUUGUUUAUUAUACUUUAUACACUGUAAUAUACAUGUGGGUUAUAUAUAUAUAAUAUUUUCCCAAAGCUAUUUUUACUAUAUAUGCUAUAAGCAUUCUAUAAUUUGCAUAAUUUGACACAUAAUCCGUGAAGGAAAAUGCCAAAAUGUUUUGAUCAUCUUUUACGACUAACAAAUGAAAUGUUGAAAAGUUUGAUGUGUCGUUAGUGUGUGAUUUAAUGUAAACAUAUAUUUAAUUUAGUACAAGCAGUUAGUUUGACUGAGUGUUCAGUAUAUAUACAGUUUUGAACAGGAUACUGACAAUUCCAUCUGUGGUUUAUCAUCUAAACCUCGCCACUGAAAGCUGGCAUUUGAUCCUAGUUUUAAUGUUUGAUCAUAUUCUGCUCACCAUGGUGUUCUUUUGUAGUCAUUACGAGGAUUUCCUCAAAUAGGAUUUAAAGCUGUCGAUCAUAUUUCUCAAUGCACAUUAGGAGAGAAUUUGUGACUCAUGAUCUUAAUACAUCAGCUGCAAAUACGCAAUAGCAAAGAAAGUGGCUGCUGAAAGGAAACUUUUCCAUUUGGGUUUAUUAAAAUAACAUAAAAUAAAUAGGCUAUGGUAGAAAGAAAUUCAAUAAGUUGGGACAGUUGUUUAUCAUUUUUUUCUAACGUUUCUUAUCUUAUUUUCAAAUUUCAAGAAAGAAAUUCAGUAAACCUUGUUUCUUUUCGUAAUUUCAAAAUUGAAUUGUAAUACAAUGUAGUUAGAUAAAUGAUAAACCACCAUCACUGAUCGUUGAAUCUGUAUAUAUAGAGGAUACCUAAAGAUUUCCUGUCCAAUCCUAUAUGUUAUUGCCCUGCCAGUGAAACUAGGGUAAGUGUUAGGAUUUGAUGGCUAAUCUUGGUACAUUCUGGCAAUCUGGUGUCUGACCGUUCAUCUCGUCUGAACUGCUGAAGAUAUUUUUACAUUUGGUAUCAUCCUUGAGUUAUAUCUUACUCCUAUACUAAUGUGCUACUUUCAGAAUCGUGCAUUUAUCAAUUAGGUUCAAGUCAUAGUAUUCUAAUUCCAUGUGAAACUGCAUUGCCUAUAUAUAUCACCAACACUUAAAUCAUUCACCCCUACACAUCUAAACUGGACUUGCCCAGUCUUUGGCUCGGUAAGGUUCACAUGUGACUUUAGGGGUGAAUGGGUUCAAAACUUCACCUCUAGUUGUGUUUGUGCUUUACUAGUUUACAUUACAUGUAAUUCAUAGAGUAUAUAUGUGAAGCAUAUAUGUGGAGCUUAAUGGUAAGUGCAUACACUGUAAUUAUUUUGGGAGAUUAGUUCAUGAUUAUGCUUUUAAAGUUCUCUAAGAAAUAGAGAUUGAGCUAAGUUUCUAUCCUGCUUUAAUUCUGUCUCCCAUUCGAGUGAAGGGAGACAUAUUAUAUUAGUACUGGUUCUUCUUCUUCUUAGUAAAUUUGAAAUCGUUAAAAGAUAUUUUGAUCAAACUUGAAGUAUACCUGCAUCACCCACAGAAGGUGUGUAGUGCACUGGAAUCAGGUCUCAUGCUUCACUAUAUACAGAGUUAUGGCACUUUGUUUAAUUUUAAUACGGAAGUUUGUCCGGAGCAUAAGUUCCAUAUUAUUUCACCUACGUUGACCAAACUUACCAUAUUUAUGAAUCUUGGGAAGGCAGAAUCUCUCGCACUAAAAUCAGGUUUUAUGCCCCCACUAUAUACAGAAUUAUGGUCCUUUGUUUAUUUUUAAUACCGAAGUUUGUC